AAGGGGGGAGAGCUGGGGCGCUGCUUUCGUCACGGCUUGUGUUUUGGAAGGCGAGGACGGCUGGAGAGUUGGCCUGGCCCUACUCGUCCAAUAGGAAACUGAUGAAGAAGGAGGGGUGGCCCCAAUAGCGGAAAAGUCGUGAUAGGCAGUAACGGAGCUAGAGACGGAGACAACAGCAAGGAAGGAAGGAAGCAAGCGCAGGGGAUGUGAUGAGCACAGUUAUUGUCCGGGGGAUGGCUGGCGCUGCUCACUUCGGGCUGCCCGGGCUCUACCUGCUUCUGCUCGCUUGGCAGCUUCCCGACUCCGAGGCAUUAAAAUGUCAUUGUGAGCACUGUAUGAAAGACAACCAGACCUGUGAGACUGAUGGAUUAUGCAUAGCAACUCUAUUAAUACAUCUAGAUGGCAAGGAAACCCAUAACAGCAUGUGUGUUGCCAAUUCUGAUCUUGUUCCUCCAGACCGACCAUUCAUGUGUGCUUCUUCCAAUAACAAUGGUAUAAAUAAUAAUGCACAUUGCUGUAACAAAGAUUUCUGCAAUACAAGAAUUCCAUCACCUACAGUUUCGUCACAAAAGUCUUUUACCACUUUUACCCCUGUGGAGUUGGCAGCUAUUAUCGCCGGUCCUGUAUGUUUCAUCUGUAUUCUUCUGAUGUUUAUUCUGUACAUAUGCCACAACCGUACAGUUAUCCAUCACCGUGUUCCUAGUGAAGAAGACCCUUCAUUGGAUCGGCCAUUUAUAUCUGAAGGGACAACUCUUAAAGACUUAAUAUAUGAUAUGACCACUUCAGGAUCUGGCUCAGGUCUCCCAUUACUUGUGCAAAGAACUAUUGCCAGAACAAUAGUAUUGCAAGAAAGCAUUGGUAAAGGUCGGUUUGGAGAAGUAUGGCGUGGGAAGUGGAGAGGUGAAGAAGUAGCCGUGAAAAUAUUCUCUUCAAGGGAAGAGCGUUCUUGGUUCCGUGAGGCAGAAAUCUACCAAACGGUGAUGUUACGCCAUGAGAAUAUCCUUGGCUUUAUUGCAGCAGACAACAAAGAUAAUGGAACAUGGACUCAGCUGUGGUUGGUUUCUGACUAUCAUGAACAUGGUUCGCUGUUUGAUUACCUAAACAGAUAUACUGUGACUGUGGAAGGAAUGCUAAAGCUGUCAUUAUCCACAGCAAGUGGCCUGGCUCAUCUUCACAUGGAGAUUGUUGGGACGCAAGGAAAACCAGCUAUUGCGCAUAGAGAUCUUAAAUCAAAAAAUAUCCUGGUUAAGAAAAAUGGAACUUGCUGCAUUGCAGAUCUGGGUUUAGCUGUGCGACAUGAUUCUGCUACAGAUACAAUUGACAUUGCACCAAAUCACAGAGUUGGGACAAAAAGGUACAUGGCACCAGAGGUUCUUGAUGAUUCUAUAAACAUGAAACAUUUUGAGUCCUUUAAGCGAGCCGAUAUCUAUGCAAUGGGAUUAGUCUUCUGGGAAAUAGCCCGCCGUUGUUCAAUAGGUGGAAUCCAUGAAGAUUAUCAGUUACCUUACUAUGACCUCGUUCCAUCUGAUCCAUCAGUUGAGGAAAUGCGGAAAGUGGUUUGUGAACAGAAACUGAGGCCAAACAUUCCAAACAGAUGGCAGAGCUGUGAAGCAUUACGUGUGAUGGCCAAAAUAAUGCGAGAAUGUUGGUAUGCCAAUGGGGCUGCAAGGCUCACUGCUUUACGGAUCAAGAAAACAUUGUCACAGCUUAGCCAGCAAGAAGGCAUAAAAAUGUAACUCCUCAUCCUGGUCUGAAAUGCACCAUUUGUUUCUCUACCUGGUUUGCCUGAUCUGAAGAAACAGUGUUCUACCUCGCUGAGGGAACAGUCUAACAAUGCUGCCUUUUUGAAAUGUCAUAGGAUAAACCUGCGGCCCAUUGCAUACAUACAAGAACUCUCCAUUUACAUUGUAUGCUUUGAUCGCCAUCUUCCCAGGACAUUUUGUAAAUGUGUAUUUAGAGAGAUUUCUAAUGAUACAAUUGAACAUAUGCUGGUUUUACCCUUCUUUCCUGUUAUUUAAUUCCUCCCUUACCCCAUAGCCCACCCGCCAACUUUUGGACGUUUUGAAAAUGCCAGGAAUAUGUCUGGAUUUUUACUAUUCCAGGUACAAUUUAGCUUUCCUUCUAGUAUGUUUUAGACGUUUUGGAAGCCUUUCAAAAUUGUGUUGCUUAAAAAUACCUCAUAAUGAUUUGGGGAUAUUAUGCAAAUUGGUUUUUAUACAGUACUAUAUUACAUGCCUUCAGAAAUCUAAUUGUAUUACCGGUAAGUGCCACGCACAAUAUAUAUGUGUAUAUCUUAUUGUUUGCUUUGUUUUUCUUUUUUGUUUUUCUUUUUACUUUAACCACAGUACCUAAGAUUUUAUGCAACAGUUUGCUUUGCAUUUUACGCAAAGACAUGAAUGCUGGUUAGAAAAAACAAGAGAUUUUAUAAACCAAAUGAUUUUUGUCAGCAAACAAUGACAAGCAUUGUUUACUUGUGUUUACUAUGCCAGUCCCAUUUUAAGCAUUAAAGGGUUUUAUGUAAAUAUACCUUUUAUCAUUGUAUAAAUAGCUGCAGAGCUGUUAGAAUAUAGAUUUGAUGACUCUAGGGCUAAAAACAGACACCAUUUUUGUAAGAAAAACAAAAAAAAUAAAAAAAAAAUACUGCAGCCAGAUAUCGAUAGGGAAAUAUGAAACACCAGACCAACAUGGCAUAUAUUUUAUUUGAAUUUUUUUAAAAAAAAAUUUUUAAUAGAAAUUGUGGCUUUUUUCUUUCAUUAGGUUGAAAAAUUGUCAUGUGGCAUUUUUUUUUUUAAAUUUUUUUUUAUUUUUAUGCCCCAUUCUUCAAUAGAAAUUCUUGAGUCACAUGAUAAAAGAAUCACAUGACUUUUAAUGAGAAAAUUGCACAAGAUAAGUAGAUGAAAAAGUCGAAUUGCAAAAAAAAAGCCUAUACUAAUACACAUAAUUUUAUUACAAUUUUUUAUGCCACAAAAACUGCUUUGUGGAGGAGAAAGAUGAACGGACAAAGUGCGUCUGUUCGUAGCCUAAGGUUUCAGCCACAUUUCUGACAGAAAACAGUUGCUGAUCCAUGGCAGAAAUUGGAGUCAUGCCCUCUGAUUUCUGUCAACAUUCUAUAAUGGGGUUCAUCCCUGUUCCAGGCUGUUCCCUCGUUACAAAAUCCUUUGGAGGAAUCUGUGCUGCAUAAACUAUACUGUGGCUUCCCAUUGAAAACCACAGGAUGCCAUUUAAUGAGGAUUUCUACACACAGUGACAUGUUAUACCAAGGAUUACUCUUCUAAAUCAGCAUGUCCUACAUGUGGAUUUUUGAUGCAGAUUGGACCCAUUUUAUUGCAAGGGGUUAAAUGACACAAAAUGCAUUAGUUAAACUUGCUGGUUUGUCUGUGGAAUAAAUUUAUACCACAGCCGAAGAGAAAGAAAGAUGCGGACAGCUCUAUGCACUGUGCAGUUGAAAUAAUCAGAAUAGAUUUACUGAACCUGAAUUUGAACACUAAAUGAUCUCCACUUACUGAAUGGGGAAUUGAACCCUGAAGUAGAUUGGUCACACAGCUUCUAUUACAUGGUCCAUUAAAGAGUACCUGUCAUCAACCAUAUUUUCUAAACUAACUCAGAUUAUAUUCCAUAACUACUGCUAACACCCCUCAUACCGGCCCGUUCGCGGAAAAAUAAAAGUUAUAGGGGUCAGAAGAUGAGAAUUUUUGACGUAUACAUUUUCCUGCAUGUAGUUCUGAUUUUUUUUUCAGAACUACGACAAAAUCAAACCUAUAUAAGUAGGGUAUAAUUGUAAUCGUAUGGACCUACAGAAUCAAGAUAAGGUGUCAUUUUUACCAAAAAAUGCACUGCGUAGAGACGGAAUCCCCCAAAAGUUACAAAAUUGCUUUUUUUUUCCUUCAAUUUUGUCGCUCCCCAUGUCCUGCACUUCCUGAGUUUGGUCUCCUGCCAGGCCGGGAGGAAACCAAACUAAGUGUUUGACUUGCACAGGGAACAGAACAGAGCCACCUAGUGGCUGUUUUUUUUCAAUCACAUUAACAACAUAUAAAGGUUGAGAAUUUUAACAGCAAGUAAAUAACAAUGUGUCUUAUAAUUACAUAAGGAACAAUAUAUGAAAAGUUUUUAGUUUGGUGACAGUUACUCUUUAAGCUUAUGCAAAAUCUGAAAGCUUAUUAGGGUAUGUUCACACGUACAGGAUCUGUUGCAUAUUUUGUCCAGCUGAUUUUUGCUACCUAUUAACUUUAAUAGGUAGCAAAAUCAGCAGCAAAAAUAUGCAGCGAUAAAAGGAUUAUUAAAGGGGGGCUCUGACAAAGAAAUGGUUUUUGCUAUUGGUCAGUCACUAUCUAAAAGCACUGCUUGUACAAAACAAUUUCAAAACAUAAAAAUAAAGUUAGAAUGAAAAGAUGUGACAUCCCUCAUACUGUGUAUCAGUUCACACUGUUUAAAAGAUCUGUCUGUAGUCAUUGAAUGGUAACUUUUAUUAUUUCCAGUAGAUGACCGAUCCUGGUGCACAGCUCGAUAUAGUGCAGCUGUUAGAGCUUGCCUUUCUACAGUGAAGGUUUCUAUUCAAUGUCUUUAGGCAGAGAUUUGGGCAUCUUUGGGUGAAUUGAUAAAAAGUAUGUAAGAAGAUUAUGUAACUUUCCAUUUUACAAUGCUGCAUAAAAUGAAAUCAGAAUACCUCUUUAAGAUUAAAUACAGGCAUUCAGAUUACAGUAUUUUAUUCCUAUUUGUAGGACCAAAAACUAAAUGUUAUGAAAUACUUUGCCUAUGUCAUUGCUAGAUGUUUCGAUCUCCCGUACAAAGGCCCGGCUCUGCUCUUGUAAUGAUGUCACACCCAGUAUGGAAGCUGGGAGAGGCGGAGGCACAUGAACUCUGUGUCUCUGCCUAAUCCUUUGAGAUGAAUGGAGGGGGUCUGUUUGUACCAGCUUCCAUGCCGGGUAUGACCCUCGCAUUAGAGGAGCAGAGUCAGGGCCCAGCAUGGGAGAUUGUGGGGGGUCUCAGCAGUAAGGCCCCUCCGUGAACAGACUAUUAUCCCCUAUCCUGCGAAUAGGGGAUAAGUUUGUUCCGUCACUUAUCUCCUUUAAUAUACAGGUGAAUCUGCAGAUAGAUGCUGAUUUGCCACUGUGAAUUUCCUUGCACAUUUUCUUUAGGAAAUUCACUGUGUGAACAUAAACUUACUUGGAGAGCAUAGUAGACCUGACAGAAUCCCUUAGGGUGCGUUUACACGCUCUUUGUUUUUGCGGGUUUUCCGCAGCAUGUUUGAAAGGGGCGGGCUCUUUCGGCUUUCCAUAGCAGAUUGUCCGCGGCGUAAUUUAUGCUGCAGAAAAUCCGCCGCAGUCCCUACUGACUUCAAUGGGGCUUGCGGCGGAUUUUCCGCAGAGUAAAUUCCUCCGUGGAAAAUCUGCUGCGGACAGCCGAGAAGAGCCCGCACCCUUUCAAAUACGCUGCGGAAAACCCGCAAAAACAAAGAGCGUGUGAACGCACCCUAAAAGGGGUACUCCGGUGGAAAACAUAUUUUUUUUAAUCAACUGGUGCCAGAAAGUUAAACAGAUUUGUAAAUUACUAAAAAAUGGUGCAGCUCACAACCAAAAAUCUGAGGAUACCGGAACCCCCCGGCCAAAAUAGCAUCAAAAUAGAAUAAAGUAUAAUCACUCCUCAAAGAUUUCACCUACUUCUAUUAAAAAAAUCUUUAUCCUUCCAGUACUACUUAGCUGCUAUAUACUACAGAGAAAGUUCUUUUCUUUUUGGAUUUCUUUUUUGUCUUGUCGACAGUGCUCUCUGCUAACACCUCUGUCCGUAUCAGGAGCAAAUCCCCAUAGCAAACCUAUGCUGCUCUGGACAGUUCCUGAUAUGGACAGAGAGCACCAGUUGAUUAAAAAAAAGUACCCCUUUAAAUAUUUACCCAUUAUGGGAAAAUGAUAUAUUUAUUUAGCAGAACUAUUCUUCUUGUAAUAUGCUUUAAAUCCAGAUUAUGACCAGGAACAGAUAUGCCAAUAGAAUUCUGUAAUAUUAGCAUACUUUUAGAUUUGUCAGGCAUAGUUUUAAAUGAAAGCGUCUAGAUUUUUUAAGCAUUGUUGGUUUAACGUUAAUUGUAAAGUAAUGCAAGAAUAUGGUCUAGUUGUUUUCAUGUCAUAAUAAGACUUGCCAGUAUUAGUUGCUUGGUUUUCUGUGUAGUAGAACAAUAUAUGCAUUAUACUAUGCACUUGAACGGGAAAACCCCUCUGUCUGCAGAAGUGCCAAUUCAUAAUGCACAUUUUUCUUUUUUUAAUACAUGGGACCAAUUGUGGUACAUUUUUAAUGCAUGGAAUUUAUAGUUCUCACUUCUUUUCUUUUAUUGGCCCACUAUGUUCUAGGUGUUCUAUUAGUAGGAAAAGCCGGAAAGAGCACAUUUGUUGUUCCAUAGUUUUUACUUCCAAAGAACCAGCAUUAUGAAACCUUUUGGUCUACAUGUGUAGAUCUGAUCGCAGGACCAAUUCACAUACCAUUGCGGAUUCUGGCUUAGGAUAGUAAUAUAUAGGUCAAUUGCAUCCACUAAAAAUAGAUUUGUUGCAACAGCAUUUUAAUAGUUUUAAAACCAGUUUUUUACCUUUUUGUAUAGACAUCUGUGCCCUAUAAAAUAUGAAUACCUUCUAGAAUUUAAAAACCCUUUUUGAGCCCAGUUUUUAUAUAGCUGUCACCUUUUACAAAUAGAAUAUUCAGGCUUUCAAAAAAGAAAACUGAUUGUAUACACACAUUGCUGACAAAUUAUACAGGUAUUGUCGUGCCAUGAAACUCUGUGCCAUCCUGGUUUUACAAGAGUGCAUUGUGCUUUAAAUUUGUGUAACCUCUCGAAGCCAUCAAUUCUGUAAAUACGUAAAGGGGUAUUCCCAUCUCAGCUUGUCAUCCUCUAUCCAUUGAAUAGGGGAUAACAAGCUGAUUGGUGGGUGUUCAUUCAUUCCGGGACAAUUUUCAGGAUCGGUGAGGGUCCUGCCGAUUGGACCCCCAAGAAUUUUCUUAUUACCUAGUCUGAAACUAAGGGAUAACAAGCUGAGAUAGGGAUACCCCUUUAAGAACGGAAUGGUUUCCUGUGUUCUGAAAGGUUAAAAAGCUCAAGGUAUUGUACCUCGUGUAAAUAAAUUAAAUAAGUGCAUUUAUUUGUUAACAAUUCUUUUCCAUAACCUGUAGAAGUGGUACUGAUACUUCCUGUAUUUGUUUCUAGAAACCUCUAAAUUUUUUAUGCACAUUUUAUUAUUGUAUUUUGUUUCUUUGCACAGCUUAUUGGCAGUGCUCUGAAAUCAUCACGUGAGAGGACAUUUUCAUAAUAGAUUUGCAAAUCUUGUAUAUUAGUGUCUUUUUAGGUUUACAUACCUUUUAUCAAGAUGUGUGUAUAAUUUCUGAAGUUUUACAUUCGUAGAAAUGUCUACAGCUGUUUUGUAAAUAGGGUUCUAGCUUUGUGAUUGCUGAGUGUUAACAUAGUUAUGUAGAAAUCAAAAUAAAGCAAUGCAAGUAUUUUUCACGGAAUGUUACGGACAUUUUAUGUGAAAGGUUUCAUUAAAAUGAAAAUCAAUUAGCAAACUUUGUUUGAUGUUUAU